GUAUUGAAGCAACGAAUCGAGAUUAUUGGUCAGGUGGCUGGCGCAUCCGGUAUUGUCAGUCAAACACUAGUGGAUCUUAUUUUGCCUGAAUUGAUUGAUAAAGCAGGAGAUUCAAAGGUGUCUGAUUUCAUAAAGGCAACUUUGACCAGUCUAGUGGAGGCCAGUAGUCUUGAUCUAGUUGGAAGUCUUGUUGUCAGGUUGGCAGGAGAUCAGAAGAACCCAAAGAAUACUCAAGAAGCAAUCGCUUGGUUGUCCACUGCCAUUCGUGAAUUUGGACUCUGGCAAGUAGUUGCAAUUUUUUCUGGAAUUGGUCUUUUAAUUUCUCAAGACUUAUAUUUUGAUAACGGUUAA